AUGGAGGUGGGUGAGUCACACCACCUUACUCUGGUGGGCGAGUCGCACCACCUUACUCAGGUGGGCGAGUCGCACCACCUUACUCAGGUGGGCGAGUCGCACCACCUUACUCAGGUGGGCGAGUCGCACCACCUUACUCAGGUGGGCGAGUCGCACCACCUUACUCAGGUGGGCGAGUCGCACCACCUUACUCAGGUGGGCGAGUCACACCACCUUGCUCUGGUGGGUGAGUCACACCACCUUACUCAGAAAAAACCCCCUUGGCCUUCAAGGGACUGCUUGGCAAAUAUUUUAUCUGUUUUAGAAAAUGUUGUAGCUGAUUUCCAUGCAGGUGGCAACAUAGAAGUUCAGAUGGCGGUUCAUGUUGCUCAGUGGAAGGCUCACAGUCCCACCUCUGCUCUCUACCACCUGCGUCAGACAGCUCUUGCUCUUCAGGACCUACAGCUGCUGUCAGACAAAUUUAGAAUCAAAAUACAAUUCAGUCAGUAUACGCAGGAAAACAAAGAGAUGGUUGUUUCAGCAUUACUUGGCUGGCUAGUGUGUGGUGAAGAAGUCUCUCCACUAAUGGAUGGAUUUUUACAUUCUUACCUCAUACGCCACGAACUUGAUCAUGAUGGCACUCUGGCUCACUAUGUGCUGGACACCCUGGCUUCAGCUGGGCAGGACUGGUGGGCUUAUGGAGAGGCCUCCUGGGAAGACAAACUUUAUGCUGUCAUAAGUAUCAUAUCUGAUGCUCAGAUGAUGCUGGAAAAUAUAUUAUCUCAUGAUGGAAGAACAGAUGUGUUAGAGGACGCACUUCAUUGGAAUGUUGAUGGUGUGAAGGAACUCUUACAAACAUCAAAUGAUAACCUCCAGCGACAAAUUUGUCAGAAGUUACUGAGGUAUGCUGUUGAAACUCUACUGCUUCCACCUAUAGGACACAAGGGACGAGAUCUUCAAUCAGCUGUGGCUGAGGGUGUAGUAGCACUUGAAACCUUCUUCAAGAAAUGGUACGUAGCAACUACCCCAUCUGAGGAGAAACUCUUCACUUCUUUUCACAAUCUUCACACCCUGCAAGUUCACUACAAUCUUUACCCAACACUGGAAGAGUUAGAAGAUAAAACAUCUUGUAAGAAACUGUUUGAAGAAGAAGUUAUCAGCUGGUGCAAAGAUGGUAGACUGUUGUGGCUUCGUGAAGACAAAACAUUACUCCAUCAAGAGAGAGAAGUGGAAGAGGAAAUUUCCCCUCUCACUCUUAAUAAGGAGAAAAAUGCCAAGAGGGGAUUGGAUCAUCUUCAGCACCUGGCAUCUCUCUUGGGUAUUGCCAGGGGAGACAUGUUGUCUUUCUCGGCAUCACUAGCUGCCAAGAAUGAUGAUCUGGAAGCUGCUAUUCACAUAUGUCAAGAGAUUUUAGCAGAUGCAUCAGGCUUGGAGUGCACGGAAGUUAUUUAUGAUGUGGUUAAGCUUACUGUCGAACAUCAAAACUUAAAAUCGGGCGACAGAGGAGAAUCAUCAACGCUGAAUGCAGCGGCCCUCGAAGAGAGUAGUGGUGGCUCUAAGUCUUGUGCAGACCUUAUUAAUAUUAUUUAUGAGCUUGUGUGCUCAGCAGUGAGGUCUGUACGUCCAGAACUUCUGAAUCCUCUCUUGGAACUGGGAACUUGGUGCCAGUUAGGCCAGACCUUGUAUCAGCAGUGCCACAUGGAGGGCAUCUACACCAACACUGAUGUAGCCGGGAGCAGCAGCAGCUACAAUACGUGGAAGCUCAGUGCUUUGUUUCAUGAUGCCAGUAUGCCAAUUGAAAGUAGCUUUGUCACCUCACUCAUGAUACAAGCCUUGGAGAUGUGUUUGAACUCUCAUCGGUGUCGCGGUAAAGCUUCACUGGUGCCUUAUCAAGAUGACAAAGAGAAGGGGGUUAAUCUGUUGGAAAACACGCGUCUGACCAGUAGCUUCCACGACCUUGUCAGUCACCUUCGUGAACGAGGUCAGGACUACCUUGCACUCUGUAUGUGUUUACUGCUGGCCCAGCGGUAUGAUAGUUUGGGUAUUCAGUCAUCUUUGUCAGGAUGCACACCCAGCUGGGAGCAAGUGUUUACAAUAUUAUUAAAAGUUAUUGGGAGCACAAGAGUUGAUGUGCCAUUAGCUGUCAGCUUGCUUAUUUUACUAAUGAAAAAAGAGGCUUUAAAAGUACUCAAUGAACUUAUCAAAAGGUUUGGAUUUGAUUAUAGUAGACUUCUGUCUAUUGCUACUGUAGGAAGAGAUUAUUGCAUAUUGCAUGCACUCUCAGAGGUGAAGGAACAGUUUGAGUUGCUGAUGAAGAGAGCUCAGUGGGGGAAGCGUUUAGCUGAUCUCAAUGUAUCCUUCAAGGAAGCUUUUAAGGGAGAUACCAGAGCUUUGAAUCAUGUUCAGGGUAACCUUGUUUCUCACCCAGACUGCACCUUCUCUAUACUCUAUGAUUAUUGUCAUGAUUUUAAUUUGGAUGUUACUGAUGCUUUGCUUCACUAUCUAGAAACCACACUUCAUUCCUGGACACCAGAAUUGUCUACCGAAAACAAUGACAUAGACAGCAUAGUACACGUCGAACCACCUCAUGCUUUACUUUCCAAAUGUCAAGCAAUCGUUGCUGAGAUCACCAACAAAACACUCUUGCGUCAAAUGCUUUUAGAGCAGUUAAAUACACUAAGUUCAUAUAAUUUUGAACUUAUUGAACUUGUGCUGCAACAGUUGAUUCUUCUUGAACAAGAUUCCCACGAGUUAGACAUGCUGAGGCGUGGGUUGAAUGUAGUCAGUUUUCUACGGACAUAUGCCAGGCAAUCUGCAGUAAGUGAUCAGGAAAUUGAUGAUUGGGUUACAAGCCACCCUCAGAGUUUGGGUCCUCCGGAGAUAGCCAAGUACCGACUCCCCUUUCACAGUCUUUACAGACGGAGCAAAACAGUGAUGAAAAUAAUCGAAGCAGAACUGAACAUAGGAAAUAUUGAUGUAUGGCUUCAAGCCUCUCCUACCUUGAAAUUAAACUCGGAUCAGUUAUGUAUGAUAGCAACACAAAAUACGGUUUCUAAAACUUUAGAGGCCUGUGAAAGAUCCAAAAUUAAAACCUCCCCAAGUGUUUCAGAGUUGAACAGUGUCAAAACAACAGAGUGGCAGCUAUGCAGUAGCAAUAGUGCUCUGUUAUCCCAGGUCCGUACCGUCAUCAGUAAGAUCAAGCAUAAUGAACUAGCAGCUGCGUGUGCUAAUUGGGUUGUUAACAAACUUCCACCAGGAGCUGAUAAAGUGGAAGCUGCUGAGAAGUGUAAACUCUUGGCUAAACAGUGGGACGUGAAAGAUGCCAAGAUAUCCGAGGCAUGUUCUCGCAUGAGCACUCGACACCAACAGUUAGCCAUUGAGCAUGCGUUGCAUAAAUAUUGUUUGGCAGAGGACCAGUAUCUGGCACUGAUACGAACUCCAGAGGAACUCAUCUUUGCCCUCUAUCAGCAUCCAUCACUGGACUCCCUAGCAACUCUUGCUACACAUACCAUGCCAGACAUCAAUGGCUGUGUUUCAGACAUAUGCUCCAUAAUUGGCUAUAAUCAGGUAUUUAUCCAGUUGGACUUACUGGAGAAGUGGCUACCACCACCAGAGUCUGGUGAAGGUGGUGGAUCAGAGGAGACAGUGACCAACUUCAAGAUUACUCUAGACCCCAGUGCUGCCUCUCUUACUGACUCAUCUGAUGAUACUUCACUCUCCAGGGUUAUAUAUCUGUUGCGAUGCUGCCCCCAAAAUGAAGCUGUGGGUUAUCUAUUGAACCGUGCCCUUAAUGAGGAGACCGGUUUCUCUGCCACUCUCCGUUUGAGAGCGCUACGUUGUCUAUUAGCCAUUGCUGAUGAGGAGACCAUCCGUGAGCACUGUCCCAAGGGUAUCUCAUCCAUACGGUCUCAGCUACAGACGAUGACAUACGUGAGUCGCCUGGAAGCACUCGGUCAUGCCACUAGUGUGCAGCAGUUCAACACCAUGGAUAAGUGUGCAUUAAUUGAAGGACUCUGGCGCUCGCAACGACACAACCCGACGGCACUCAUAUUACUCACUGAUCUUUGUCACGACUAUCAGGUUACCAAGGCAUCACUAUGGGGUGCUGUUCUCAAUCAAGUUCAGAAUUUUGUUAAGUCAGGUCAGAUGGAAAUAGGAAGACUUGAGCGAAUUUUACUUCAGGUGAAGAGUUUGCCGCAUCUUUGGAUUGUUCCAGCUCUCACAGUUGCAUGGACUACGUUAAUUAACUAUCCAUUUACUAAAGCCAGUUACCCAGUGAGUGAGCAGAGUUUGGCAUCAUGUCUGCACAGUGUAGACCUGUUGCUGCAACACUGUCCUGUGAUCAUCUCAAUAGCACCACUACUCAAGUACUGUGCUACACUUCAGCUGCCUAUGCUGGCUUUAGCUAUUGCUGCUGCUGAUCAAGUGGAAGGACAUGACCUCCAGGAUUUGGCUAGCCAAACUCCAGUUGCCACUCUCAGGAGCCAGUAUCAGGAACUCAAGUCUACAUUUACCUUCCCCAAGAGUGUUGAGGAUCUGUUGGAGUGUCUUGAGUAAAGUUGCUGCUUCACACUCAUCAGCCUCUGAGGAACAAAAUUUAUUCAUGUAGAAGGGUUGAAGAGAGGGGAUAAAGAAGG